CAGCAGGAUGAAAGCAACGAACAGUUAAACCGAGGAGGAUCCGUGAAACUCAAACCUUUCGCAAGCCCUCCAAGCAACGAGAGUAGCGCCAGCACAUCCGGGGGACACAUUGAACAAAUUUUCACAACCAUAGGAAACUACCAAGUAAGAAAUAUAGCUACACUGACGCUGAGCUUAAGCGCGAAUGCUUGUAUUUACCUUGAGUGUGAUAUCACAAAGUUGAAUCGCCACUAAUCAAGCAAGCGGAACCAAGAGAAGUCCAGCUGAAUUGGGGAUCCUAGAUUCUCUGUUCUCAGCUGUCUGUUAAUAUUCGCCUUUUUAGAAACAAGAAGAAAUCUGGAGCAGAAAUGCGUCCCGCAGUUGUUCCUGGGAUCACUCUGGGGACGCGCCAAUCAGCUAUUGGCCAAUUUUUUUCCUUGUCCCUAGUGACAGUCUCAGAAAACUUUGCGAAAGUUAACUCGGGCCACCUUAUCGGUUCGAAAGUGGCGAAAAAGUUCCAUUUUUUAAUUCUAGAUACUAGCUGAAAAUAACGGUCACAGCGUCACACGAGGCAGGUGUUGUUAUGAGAGUGUUAUGGCCUCUUAGAAUAGACAAAAUAGGUGGUCAAACAGCGCAUCUUAUAUGUCUAUGAAGUUCCAAUACAUUUUUCCUGCCCAUCAGUCCGAAAAAAGCAGCUAAAUCGUAAGAAAACAACAGUGUAUUAAAGGAAAGUUUAAUAAACCAUCUCAGCUGACAGUUAGAAUGCUGGCCACCUAAUACUACUGAAACAAUACAGAUCCUCUGUGUUUACUUUUUGAGUUACGAAAAUUCAUCAGUGCUAAUAAUAUCACCGCAUUAAAGAUCAGGUAGUGUUCACUGUACUUAGCGUGUUAGGAGUCAUGAACAUGUAUGUCUCGUGUAACCCAGUUUUGGCUUACGCCUCCUCCUGCUGAUGUGCUUUAGGGUCGAACUGUGGCGAUCAAAAGACUGAACAAGAGAAGUGUUCAUCUCACUAGAGAAGUUCUUAUUCAACUCAAACAGGUGAUAUCAACUUUUCUUACUUUCUAUUCUUAUUGCAUCAGCGUGUCUUUAAUUAUUUGAAUAUUCACAACCCAGAGAAAAACAGACUAAAGAUAUGCGAAAAUGAACCUAUGUUGCAUCGGUAUUCAUCGCACGAUGACACCGUCUUUCUUCAAGAAAAAAUUUAAAAAUACUUUUCAAUGUUGUUUUCAUCUAAGUGGUGAAACAAUUAGUUAUAGUUUUGUUUUUGGAUAGUUUUGGAUGGUAUACUUCUGUUGUAAUUGACUAAAUUAGCCAGAGUUUGGAUUGGGUUUUUGUCAUUUGUAUCGGAGGUUUCUUUCUCUAUUACAGGUGCGAGACAUCACACAUGAAAACCUGAACCCGUUUAUCGGAGCCUGCAUCGAGUCACCCAACAUCAUGUUGGUUUGGUCGUACUGCAAAAAAGGAAGUUUGCAGGUAGCGUGUUUCACUUCUUCCCUUCGAUUUUAUUUCAAACGUCUAGAUCCUUUCACGGUUUUUUGAUUGGAACCAGUCAGCGAAAAUCCGUCAUCACAACAGGAGAGAACACCUUAAGAUCAGCAAAGUUGCCGAAGAUUGAAAGAGAUUUGUUGAAAACUAACUAAGAUAUAGCUUUGCAAAAUCUCUAACGUUUAGAGACGUUUGUAUGGUGGUGCAAAGUCUUAGAUGUGAAAUUAGUUGGUUUUUCCCACUCAAAUAAAAUUGAUUUUCAUAUGAAAGAUUUUGCACUUGGCCUCAUUUCCAAAGCGAGGGUUUUUGAAACUGAGAAAUGGCUGCCACGUACCCAGACGUCUCUCUCGCGAUGCGUGCAAAGAAAGGCGGGAAGGAGAAAACGGGCUUCGCCUUUCGUUUUUCAGCUUUCCUUGAUCCCCUGCGCUUCGUCACCAGUCACUCGCGUGUCACUCGCGUUUCGCGCUCUCCUCUUCUGUGCAAAAACGAAACACCUGAGAAGGAAGCUGGAGACACCCGACAUUUCGCCACUCUACUGGUGGUUUCCCCACGAAAUGACGUCUGAGAAACGAGCGCAGAACUCCAUACUGAAAACGCGUCACUAACCAGAUUUGGGUAGCGCUUCUGAUUAAUUAGAAAUUUGUUUCAACCAAUCAGAAGUACUGCUGUGCUGUAUUCUAACAACCAGCGUUUCUUCAUUAGGAUGUCCUGGCAAACGAUGAAUACAAAAUCGAUUACGGAUUCAAACUGUCAAUGGCAAUUGACAUAGCUGCGGUAAUCAAAGUUAAUUAAUAACUCUUACUACAAUAAAGCAUGGCUACAUGGCAUCUACGAUCAGCAGGUGCAUUUUAUACUUGAAAGCAAAAAGUGCUGAGCUAUCUUCUCUUUAAAAGUAAUUGGCAGCUUUGUCUAUGCUCUCUAUCAUAAUUUGGGAAGUAAGAGGACCCUCUCUGAGUCUUGGGCUUACCCGUACCCUAAAGUAUCCAUGGAAAAAAGGCUGUUAGAUGUUAGAUGUUAGCACACAAUUUUUCAAAACUUAUUUCGAUAGAAGUGCUCGAUGCAUCUAGCGCUGUUGGUAAUAGUCUGCAAGAAAAUCUAGAGAACUAUUAAACACCUAAAUUUUCGUUGGUCAAGAGUCCCUACACAUGAUCCACCGACAGAUCGUCUAAUCGCUUCAUAUAAACCAAUGUGAAAUGUCAGACUUACCCAUACAUACGAAGUUGUUGUAUAUUAGCGAGAAUGCGACGUUAUCGUUCAAUAUUGCAGUGAUCUGUCCAUAAGUUUAUUAACAGCAGUUAAAAUCUUGAAAUGUUUUAUCCGGGUAACUAUUAGCAAACAAGUGUAUCAAGUAUGAAAAGGCACAUGAAAUGAAAAUCCCACUUUUCAACAGAUGUACGUGUUUCAAGUUGAUGACUGAAAAGUUUCUUUUUCAUUCUAGGGAAUGAAGUACCUUCACAACACUGCUGUCAGGUUCCAUGGAAACCUGACGUCAUCUCGGUGUGUAAUUGACAGUCAUUGGGUUGUGAAGAUCACCGACUGGGGUUUGCACGCCUUCAAAACUGGACAAGAAAAAGUCAAUGUAAACCCAAAGAAGGUUUAUACAGGUACAUUUUCAGGAAAAAAGACUUAAGGUGACUUCCCCGAAAACAAAAGAGUGGGAACAAUUUUGCUUUUGUUUACCUACAUUGUACCACUUUCAGUGAGGUCCUUUACGAGUAAAACAUUGCGUGACCUGUAACUGGAAGGUAUCAUGACAGCAAAGAUAGAGGUAGAAGAUAGCUUGUGUACAGCCGUCCCCCCUACUCAGGAAAAAAAUAGGAAAAAUCUGCCCCUCUCCCGGUGAUUUUUUUUCCUGAGGGGAGGGAAAGGCUGUACAUAGGCUAACGUACAAGAAACUAAUGUGUAAAGCCUGCAAAGCUUGUAAGGAUCGAUGGAAAGUAUUGGCUUCAUCCAGGUCACUAACUUUGUUGGGCUGUCUUUACCACGCUAAUAUGGCUAAGUGUUACAAAUGUAAUUUCUAAAAAAUUAUGCGCUUUAUCUUAAACUUAAACAGAUCUUCUGUGGACUGCACCAGAACAUAUCAAUAUAGCCAAAGUUGAGCGAGAGGGUUUUUCUCAGAAAGCUGACGUGUACAGCUAUGGAAUACUGUUGCAGGAGAUGGCUACUCGUUCAGAGCCGUUCAGCGGAUGUCAGCUAGAACCCAAAGGUUGGAGGGUUAAAUCAAGCUCGCAGGCGGGCAGCUGAGUCGUCCCCAGUCGUCUCUCUCUGUCUCUCCUUAGUGGCGCCAGGGGUGUGAUGAGAAGGAGGAAAGCGAGGGAGAGAGAAGUCCUUCCUUUUCCCUUCCCAUCACCUCCUGCUACCGCCGCGCGCGUUACGCGAAGACGACUGAAGACGAGUCAGGGCGGGCGGGUUUAUUUUGCGAAUGUCGCUGACGGAUCUCUGUCAUUUGCAACCACUCUGUCAGGAGAGCGACACACUAAAAAACUCUCAGCUUUGAGCCAGGUUUUGAUUACGUGCUGUACAAAGUUGUUAUCAAACCAGAACGAAGCCGCCCCGUCCCUCACUCCCCAAUAAAUGUUCCUUUGUCCUAGAAAACAGUGGUACGAUUCUAACUCAAAGUCAAAUCUCAGCCUCGUAGUCACGAAUCUUAAGGUCCCUAUUAUAUGCUCAGACCACCACUCUACACAAAGUAACGUUGUAAUAUUUCUUUUACAUAGAAAUCAUUCACAGGGUGGUUAUGCAUGAAGACCCGCCAUUUCGCCCCAACAUUCCUUGCAUUGAGAUAAAGCCAGAGUAUAUUGAUCUGAUGGUGGAUUGCUGGAAUGAUGACCCAGAGGAACGACCACAUUUUUAUCGAAUUGUGGAGAGGCUCAAGAAAAUCAGCGGCAGGUACAAUUUCAGUCUUAUCGUAUUUGAAGCACAUAAUGAUGUUUGAUAGAGAUCUGGGUUUGCUUCUCCAUAAGUUGAAAUAUUUGAUUGGAUCCUGUAAAGUAAAUAUCGCCAUCGAGCCCUGGCACCGAAUUAACACAUGAAAAGAGUUAUCAGCUGCAAGACAAGUCAGCGUUGGCUAUGCACGAUUACGAGCCUAUAGCCUGGGAGCAAGGACUUUCAUGUAUCCGCGUAAUGGUGCACGUGUUUUCACAAAUUAGUUCCUUUUUAGAACGAUUUUUGCUUGAAUAAAUAGUAUAUCUUGUAAGUCCCACAAACCAGUCAUUAAAACCCUCAGACCUGAAAAUGGUAGUUUUGAACUUUUAAUGACGUUUAGGUUUCUUUUUUCAUCUUACUCUUCCAACGCGCGCAUAGACGAGGCGGAGCGUUUAUUUGCACUGGAAAAAGUGCCACAAAGUGUUUCUAAGACAACACCAGUCCAUGAAAACGCCGUGACAUGGGCCUUUUAUGGACGUUGCUCACCCCGGUUUAAGAACUGUAGGCAUUAUUAUGUGUUCCCCUCAUACCGAUCGAGUAAGGAGCCAAACCAAAUAGAAAAAGAGAAAAAAAGAAGAAAAAGGUGCAAGUUUUACUCUCUUGAACCAGUUACUGAAUUACGGAGGGACCAGAGAGGUGAGACCGAACUUCAGCACGUAUGGGGCCUGUGCAUUCCUUUAUAGGCUAGGUAGCCUCGCAGCUGUCAGCCAAAAACCCAGUAACUACUUGUCAGGUCGGAAUUCGUAGGUUUAACCUAAUACUAAAUGGAAAUAAUUUAUGGUUCUUUUCUUCUUGUUUUUUAGGGGAUCAAACAUCAUCGAGAACAUGGUUACUAUGAUGGAGAAACAUGCUAAUCAUCUUGAACAGCUGGUAGAAGAAAGGACCAGGCAGUUGAACGAGGAGAAAGAAAAGACCGAGAAAAUCCUCUGCCGAUUACUGCCACCGUAAGUAUUAAACUUACUGAACCCCUCGUUACGGUCUCCUCUAUGAUAGGAACCUUUAGAUUCGAGGACGAGGACGACUACUUGUACAGGGCCGAGACUUUUUCAAUACUAAGUAGUGCACGCACGUGAACCAGCGUCAUUUUGGCGGGAAUACGUGAUAGUCGUUGUCUUUUAUAUUACCCUAAAUUUAGCGAGAAUUUCGCGGUGCCGACACAAGUGAUAUGGCUUUUGCGAUAGGAGCAAGAUCUCCGAACCAAAAAAAAAAACAUAUUUACAAGGAAAAAUAAUUAAACACGCGUUGAUUCUACAUUCCGGAGAAAUGAAUAAAUUUUUUUAUAUCAGUUCUACACUUAAUCAAGACAAAAUGAGCCUCUUUUGACUUCAUACAUCUCUUUCUCCAUAUGAAAUAUUUAUCAUCGGCUCCCCAUCACAGCUGUACUCUUAGUCUCCAAAAUACCAAACUACUUAUACAUACAAUCCCUACCUUUAUAAAUAUAGCAAAAACGUCGUUUUGUUUCUUUGCGGCACCUUAAAAAAAGUUUUUAUGGUAAAUCCCUUAUUAAGGCGAGACCGUUGUUUAAUUUCAGUUUGGUACUAGAACAGUUGAAAAGCCAUAAUUCCGUGCAGGCUGAAGAGUUUGAAGAAGUCACCAUAUUUUUCAGCGACAUCGUUGGCUUUACGAAACUAGCUUCUGUCAGCACACCAUUGCAGGUAACUACUUUAAAGAACAAACUACAAUCAUGGAAAAAAGCUAGUCUCGGGACAAAUUUGUAAACACUUGCCUAACCUCUUUCCCCCCCAAAAAAACAACGUUGGAAGAGUGUAUUAAGAAUUUUCCCGCGUUUCAACAUGGUAUAGGGUUGGUGGAGGGAGGACUGCAAGACAUUUUUGAUAACGUUGCUCGCACUGUUUUAUGAGAGCAACCAAGUUACAGUCUGAGUUAUGAAUACUGCAUCACUGUCCCAAGAACUUUGUUCAACAUUUUGUAGACCCUAAAACUUGAAUUGGUCAUAUCUAAUAGAGACUGAUGUCCACAUAGAGGUUGAUAUUUGGGGAACAUUUCUGUAGUUAUCAUUACAAAAAAUUUAAGAUUUCCUCUUUUUGAGAGGGGACCACCUUUGUCACACACCACUGAAUUAUUCGAGCAGGCUAAAUGCUUAACAGCGGAAUGCUUUGCCCUCCAUUAUCUAAAGAUCCAGAGUGUGGAUCCAGCCAGAAUUUGUCCCCACAAACUACAACUCGGCAUAGCUGCGUUUUAUCUGAAUGUAGACUUUUUAAGGCUUCAAUUCCUUUUUCUUCUGUUCUCCUGGCAGUUUAUUCACUUAAUUAAUGGAGAAAUUUAGAAUCACGUUUACGGGGAAUGGAAAACGUCAAUUCGUACCACGUGACCAAGUUUUCCCGUAACUUUUCGUCCAUUUUCUUAUAUCACAAAUAAAUACAGUUUCAUGUCAGGUUUAUCCAUGAGACUUUGCAAAGUUUUUAACUGUUUAUUUCGUUUUUCAAUUGAGAAAUCGUCAACUUGAAUCUUACGUUUGUCGUUUGCCGUAAACUAUUCUAAAUCUCUCCAUUGUCUCACUUUGCAGAUUGUGGACUUUUUAAACGAUUUAUACGUGGCCUUCGAUGAGAUCAUUUGCCGUUUCGAUGUUUACAAGGUACCGGAGAACUAAUGCUCGAUUCUAGCUGAAUAAAGAAAGAAAGACGCCGUUUUUAACUGGAAAUCAUAGUGACCUGUCUUCCUGGCAUCAUCAGCCUAAGUAGAUUAUUUCUUGCCUCGUCCCUAGGCCCCAUUAUACCGCGCGGCCAAUUUGUCUCGAAUCGCUCGUUCGCCUCGGAUACGUCACCGAAGUGAAUAGACCGAAAAGGCCUGGGAAAACGCCGUACAGGGACUAGGCAAGGUUAUUUUCUGUUCUCAUCUAUCAGUGUCUUUAGCAAAGGGCCUGAACUCCUAGCUCAGAUACAGUAAUCAUUCACAGCCAAAUGAAAGCGGAAGUCUCUUCUCAUUAUCAUGAUCACAAUCUUCCUUUCUUGAUUGGAGCCUUUUAAAAAAAUUAUUUUAAAAGGAAAAAAAAUCUUAUUAUUGAAAUCCGAAUUCUGUUUUUCCCUGUGAACCUCGGCUCCGCAGGUUAGCGUCCCUUUUCGUUUUUGGAAGAUCAAUAGAUGGGUCAUUUACCACGUCGACGCAUAUCAUAGCCGGAUCCAAUCACUAAGUUGCGUAUUGCCGAGGCCUCUGAACAGUCAUCAAAUUUCGUUAAACACGUAACGAAAACUGAGUAUCUUUCCAGUGUCACACCCAGUCUCAACCAACUAAUCAAACUUCCCCAUGUGUGUACUUCUUCUCUCCUUCCCAAAUGUUGCGACUCUCGUUGUUUUAUACUUGAGUCAAUAUUCUCGGCUAGGUGGCUUUCACGGAGCUUGUAAAAUCUUAAUUCAGAGCCGAGUUUGAGUAAAGCCAAUAAUCGUUUAAAAUUUUUUAUCAGGUGGAGACGGUUGGCGAUGCGUACGUAGUUGUCAGCGGCUGCCCCAUGUUGAAUGGUAUCAAGCAUGCGGGUGAGAUAGCAAGUAUGGCUCUGGAGCUCCUUAGUCACAUGGCGGUGUUUCGUGUACGUCAUCUGCCAGAACAUCAACUGCAGCUGCGUAUUGGCAUACACACGGGUAAGUAACCUCGUCCCAAACUCCUCUCUUUUCAUUUCGACCCCGGCAAAUACUAAUAUGAGCCUCUAUGGUGUGAGUCAUGAGAUUAGGAGAAAACUUUUCCUCACUUAUGUAGAAAACUAUCAAAUCCUUAUUUUGUUUAACUGAAUUUUUUACCAGCCAGACUUUGGCGGAGAAUACUGCUGACUAUAGUGACUAAGGUGACUAAGGUGAAGAUCAUCAUUCAUACAUUGCUUGUAUAAAAUAGUGUCCAAAUUUUUGGUUUGGCCCUUAUUCUAGAUGAACUAGAUUCUGAUCUUCCUUCUUGUUAAAGGACUCGUUUAGUUAUUGUUUUGAAAGCAACUGAUAAUCAAUAUUUUCCUAAACUACAAGAAAAGGAAACAGAACGUAUUAUAAAUCCCAGCCUAGUCUAUAAGACGCGGCUCUGAGAACGUAUGCUAUUUCGUUUGAUUCCACUCUGUACCAAGAGUACCCCAUGUGGCCCUAAUAACGAACAAUGAUUUAUUAAUCUGGGAUAUCGCUGUCCUUUGCUAUAUUGUGAUUGCAGGCCCAGUGGUGGCAGCGGUUGUCGGUGUGACAAUGCCACGCUUCUGUCUUUACGGUCAUACUGUUAACAUCGCUUCCAAAUUGGAGAGCACCAGCAUGCGUAAGUACUGCUUGCAACAGAAACUCUAUGAUAUUGAAGAUUUAUAGCAAGCGUUAGAGAAAGUGUAGAGCUUAGCUCCGGGCGCUCCAUAUUCGGCCAUAGAAGUGGUCUUGAGGUGAAUUGAUUUAGCGUUGAAAGGAAGAAAUUGGUGCAAAAAUUCUCGGCUAAUCACAAAACGCAACAAUCAUGAAAAACCAAAUAAAUGAUCCAAGAAAUCAACAACAUGAGCUGAAUUUUUAUCAUCCUACUUUCAAUUAAAAACGCUUUGAUUUCUAUUCUCAAUUUUUUCUCCUUCUGAGAAACUCUUAACUCAAAGGAAAUUAUCGUCAACAAAAACGUCUCUUUUCAGAAUUUUUUUUAACGCGCGAGAUCCCUUUUUUAGAUUUCUACUGUAGCCAGCAAUAUUCCAUGUUCUUUUACUUUUUCUCCUGUAGCUUUGAGAAUUCACGUCAGUAAUGAAUCGCAUGCAAGGUUGGUCGAACUUGGAGGGUUUUACUUCGAGGAAAGAGGACAGGUUCAAAUCAAGGUAACAUUGAGGGUUGGUCUUUUUUAACCCUUUCUAGGCCUUGCGAUCACUAGCUAGACAUGAAUGUCGUUAUUAGCUAAUCAUUUUUACUCAAUUUCCCUCUUCUAGUGUUAGUGAAAGCACAGAGGUUUAAGGCUACCAAAAUAUAAAUUAAAGUUUCAAGGAGUUUUCAAAGACAUAUUUACACCCUUCAAGCAGGUUUAAUUUCCGAUAACUUAUCGAAACUUUAUUGUAACAAUGGAAAUAAUGAUGACCUGCUAAAAUUAGCUUUAUGUUUUGUUUUGUUUCCUGACAGAGGCAGGGCCUGGUGACUACUUACUGGUUGGUUGGCAAGGAAGGUUUUGACAAAGUCUUACCUGACCCACCACUGGACGGUGGUGAAUUGACCAUGUUUGAAACAUUGGAUGUUUAUUAUGCCAGCUAA